AUGGAGGGCGAACUAACGGAGGAUAUGGGCUCUGGUAUAAUGGACGAUGGUUCAUCUGAAAAUUCAGAAAAUCCCAUCAACUACACCUUUUUGGCGAUCCAAUGUGCGUGGUAUUCAUUCGUCCUUAUUCUUGGCAUCACAGGGAAUGUGUACAUCAUUUUAACAGUGUGGUGUCGUAAGGACUUGUGUUCCACAACAAACUUGUUCAUUGUGAACUUAGCUUUCAGCGACUUAGGGAUUCUGCUGAUCUCUCUCCCAGCUGAGUUCAUCAAGGAUUAUGUAGGUUGGCCCUUCGACAAGCUAACCUGCCAGAUUUUCGCCCCGUUGAACGAAGUGUUCUUUUGUGUGUCCAUACUGACUCUAACUGUUAUCACAAUUGAGAGGUUUCGGGCGAUCUGCAGACCUUUUAAACCACAUCUAACGCAACGGAAGGCCAAAGUGAUCAUCAUUAUCGUAUGGUUUGUGUCAUAUCUUACUGUUGGUUUUCCAAUGUCGUUUCUUAUGGAUGUGCAAGAGAGUCAAAACCAUCUCAGAUGCGGACCUAAGUGGUCGGGAGAUCUUCAGCGGCGAAUACACACUUGUUUUAUUGCCACACUUAUCAUCGUGCCCCUGUUCAUAACAGCAGGAGGCUAUGCAGCAAUCGUGUCUGCAAUGAAAAGACAAAGCGCGCGGAUCAGGGCGAGAGCAAACUCCUUGAGCGGCGCAACCGUUACCUUCCGUCAUGACCAAUUCCGUUUAGAGAAGAACGCAGAAUUAAUCAAAAUGCUUCUACUCAUUGUCGUUGUAUUCUGGAUUUGUAUGCUUCCUUUAACUCUACUUGCCCUGGCAAUAGAUUUUGGAGGCAUCGAUCCGACAACAAAAGCAGUCGAUCUGUUAUACACCCUCGGUAUCUCCUUAUUUUUUAGUAACAGUGCAUUUAACCCCGUCGCUGUGUACAUGAUGAGCUCAGAGCUGAGGAAAGGACUCUACGCCUUCCUUGAUAGAAUUUCAAAGUACUUUGACUACAAGUUUAUCGAAGUAUGAAAACAGAUGAAAGACUGGCUGCUUAGCCUCGCAAGGUUCUCUCAUCUGAAGUGGCUGUAAAUAGUGGUGGAAUGUUAUAUUUAGUUUCUACUUGUGAUGUGUGCACAGAUUGUAGCUGUUAUAUGUGUAGUUGUACAAACAAUUUAUCCGUAGCAGAUGAAAAUAAUGUAAACUUCUUAACCUAAAGCAUUUGAUUGGAUUUUAUCUUUCGUUCGUGCUUGAUUCAUUCAAUACCGAAGAUAGCUUGACAUAAUUCACAGGAACUAAUUGACCUUAAAUUAAACUUCUUUUUGAGCUUAAUAACCAUCCGCAAAGAGACCAAAAAUUCCGAGUAAAAUAUUCCUUGUUCUUCGGGAGAUAGAACAUUUGGAAAAAUGUUUACGUUCACCCUCUAUAAAUAUAACUGCAUCAUCCCAAUACACAUGAAUCUUUACCAUUUAGGAACUGAACACGAUACGCAGCCAUUCCUAAGCUUUUAAUAAGCUGAUUGACGGGUUUAAGUUUCUUGUUUGUUUGGAUCACCCAUCAAUCAGUACAAAGGACCAGCGGAGUAAUUGAAAUAAGUACAAUUGAAAAACGAUGCAAAAUUGCAAUAUACUAAAGUCUGUACCCUGAUUAAGUCUACUAAGUAUUCUUUGAUGUCUCUCACGUCAUCGAAUACGUAUCCUGGUUAUAUUCACACAGCGGUGAUCUUAAACAUUUAUCUUCUUCUCCCGAAGUUAGAACUCACUUAUUAAAAAAACAGGAGAUGGAACAUAUGAGCAUAAACAUAUGAGCAUAAAUUUUCCUCACCAAUUUUCCCGGAAUAGUGUAGCAGCUAGACGUGAAAAUUACUAUUUCCAUCGAAGUGUUCUCAGCUGAACAACCAUUGGCUGUUUUAAUCAUUUUUAAAUCGACUCAAAUACCAUAACCUUGUUGAAGAACGACAAUGAAUUGCAACGACAGCUGGAGAAAACACAACUAUUUCUUAGCCUCAAGCUGUAAUGGACUCUAAUGCCGCCCGAAUUAUGAGGCGAUAAAUAAUUUUUCAUAUGACAGCAGAAAACAAACAUAACGCAUGUAGUACAUAUUUUUGCAGGGUAGAGAAAAUGUGUAUAUUUAAUUUAUAAUGUAAGGAAGAAAAAGUUAGUAACCGUUUCGGUUCAGUACGUAGUAUUUUUAUAAAGAAAUUAUGUGAAAUACAGAAAAAGCCCAUGGAAAACUGCCAAACCAGUUUCCUUUGAGGUUUAAUCCCUUAUUUUGGUCAAGAGAUUUUGGCAAGAAAAGCUCUUACUCAGGAAAAGAGACUGUUUAUUUCAUCCUGAUUACGAAAAUCUUAGAGAUACAGUCAGGGUAAUUCUGUUAGAGCCGGUUCCCUGGGCCGAUCUUGAUUCAUUUUGUCCGAGUGUGCUGUCAAAGGUCAUGAUGCUUUAGAGAAAAUUUUUAAUUGCAUUAAAAGGAAAUAUUUCAAUUUACUUCGUCGACGUAGGUAAGAUCCUCAGAUGUUCAAAGGUCGAGGAUGAAUCAGCAAAAGAAAUCACACAAGGAUAAAGUUAUGAUUAAGUUCUAGAGUUGACCAUCAAAGGUCUGAUCAAAGGGGGUAAGUUUCUAAAAGAAACAGUAGUGCUGUGUCGGUGGGAGAGAAGAACAGGGUAAUUUAGUUUUCAAUAAAGUUUCGAGCGUUAGCCCUUCGUCGGCUUUUAAACUCUUUACGGUGGCUAAUUUACGUUAUCAACUGAGUUGAUAACAUUAAAUGUCUGAUCAGUUGUCUGUAGAUAAGAAUGGAGGUAAUGGAAUGCGCGUCAUAUUCUUUAAUACUUUCAAUCGCCAGGAAUCUCUGAGAUCUGAAUUAAAAUUCUCCUUCUGACUUUAACCCAAAUGCUUUCUGAUAAGUUGACAGAAUUCAGUGUAACAUCUCCAUAAUCAUAGAAAUGAAACAAAACCACUCUAAGCAGUUUUCAUAAUGGGAAUUUAACUAAUCCCAAAACUAUAAGGAUACGAGCUAUUUAAAGAAAUCAAUUUCAGUCUCGAACUGACAAUCAACAAAAGGGCCUAACUUAGACCGUUUACAACACAAUUGGAGAGUCGGUUUAUGCAUCCAAACACAGGUGAUCGGGUUACGUUGAUUUCCUUUUGCGCAAUGUCAUAGAGCUUGCGUGGGAUGUUCUCAAUAUACUAUGUACAGGAACAAACUUUAAAAAUAACAAAAAUGGUCCUCGGUGAGGGGGAGGGGAGGCUUCCAUCAUUGACGGGAAACGUUUCGAUGUGAUCCACCUAGCUAUAUUAGUUUAAACUGUUAGUGUUUUAUCACAUAUGCCAUAAUCUGAUUGGCUACACCCCUCUCUAUCCAUUCCCUGAUAGACAGUCAGUCAAGUAGAUAGCCUGAGUGUGAUGGUAAACAAAAUGUAAUAAAAACAUUAGCUUUUCUUGUUGAUAAGUUUCGGACUCCGUGUAUGAAAGGACUCCAUAACCACGGCCUGAAAUUCCCCAAAUCGCGUUCUUUAAUUCUUUCAAAAUCAACUUCCUUGUUAUUUCUCAAGACUUGACACCGCCGUUUGCGACUUUCUCAGGUGGUUUUACUGAUUAAUCUCUCUAUUCAAGGCCAAAUCAACAGGAGAAUAAAAACAAAAUGCUAGCCACCGAAACCAGACACUGCACUUUAUUAUAUAUCAGACGGAGUAGGACUUAUGAUGCAACUCUUUCCGGAGGUACCUAUUCUUCGUUUUAACGAAUAUUUAUCGCAUAUAAGAUACCUCAAUUGAUAUCUUAGCCAAAAUUUUGAAAAACAGGUACAUGAUGUCAUUGUUUACUUAGUGACCAUAAUUAGGCAGAGUUACAAGUGGAAACAUUGAUCAUUCCGAUCUCGUGAUCAGUUUUCUGAUCCCUCUCAAUAACCCCUCAGAAGCGUAUCUCUCUUCAUGCUUCCAAGGAUCUUAAGAAGCGCAAUUUAAUGCCACUUGUAAGCACAACUCUUAUUAAAUUUCUUUUAUUUCUUAAAACUACUUGAGGAGAUUGUAGUUAGAGAGAUAGGCCAAGAAUUGCUGAGACUAAAGCUACUCACUGUCAUCAAAAGCUAAGCAGCUUUUGUCUUCGGGAAUUACAGUUUUGAGGAUCAAAUCACUGUAGUUCUGUUUCUCUACAACCUGUAUUGGUUGUAUAAUCUGCGGUCUGGCGGCUGUUGCCAAGUUAUAGUGUUGGUCCUGCGUUAUGUUUGCACGUUUCUAUAUCGUUAAUUUUGUCGAUUUUAUUAAAGCAUCAAAGAGAAAAAAUUUAGAUGACACAGUACUGAAAACUCAAAUCUCGGCACAAAGCCAGUAGCUGGUAGAGUUAUCUCUGUUAACCUGAUGUGAAAAUUUACUUUGAUAUUUGUACAGAUUGUAUUUGCACAGAUGAGCUUUAAAAAGACGAAUUCUAAACAUUAGCGCAAAAAUGAAAAAAAUUCCUGUUAUUCACACCUGUCAAUAGAAAAGUAAUUUUCCAUCGUAGACGUAUUUUAAGCUAGUCCUUAAAAUUUGACAGUUAUAUUCUAUAUUCUCCCUCCUUUUAUACUUAAUAGUAUGUUAAUAAUGUGAAAACAAAUUCAAUGUUUAUGGCCACAGUCUUUGUAAAGAUUUUCAAAGAAAACUUUUUUCUGAAAAAAUUUACUUAUUGCACAGUAGUAGUUGUAACUUUUCAAAAGGAAGGGGGUGAAAGCUUUGUUCUUCUCUAACCAAUCGUAUCACGAUUUUUGUUUUGGUUUUUCUUUUCGAUUAACAAAGACGAAGAGCUGGGGGUUUCUGCUGAAAUUCUCAAGAUGUGCUGUAUUAAAUGAAAGUUAUUUCCUAUUGAGAAUUAUGAAUAAGCUUCAUCGAGUUCAUUACCCUAGUUUAGACAAAAUUUGAGACAACAUCAGUUGGAAUGUUACUCACCGGCAAGCAAUAGUGAUGUAAACAGAAUUAGGGAGUUGACAUUUUAAAUUCACAAAGUAUGUCUUUCAAAUUUUCAAUCUCACGCUGUAUCGUUUUCGUUUACACAAAGGGUAUUUUCAUAAGAAGUUCGUCAACUUUCUUGAGCGGUAAAAAACGAUUUUUUCAAGAGCGAGUUUACAUGCAUUACACUUUUAACUAGAAUUGCAAUUGCUGUCAUUUUCUACUCACUACUCAAUAAUUUUUAGUUUCCAUCAGUGCCUACCCAACAAUUUCAAUUUCUUCAGUCAUUGAUUAUUAAUAAAGCGGUCAUGAAAUUUUAAUCAGAGUUUUGACUAAACAAAUGCGUUUUUCAAACUUUAAUGGAAAAAUGUUUUUUUUGUUUCCAGUAUGGUUCCCUUGCGCCUCCUAUUAAUAAUACGUUAAUUUGUUCUAGAGUUUCUCACGAAUGUGGCAAAGAGUUAUGAAUAGUGAAACGAAGCUAAUGCCCCAUUCACACCAAAGCUUAAACAUGUUUAAAAGUUGUUUUGUUAAACACAGUUUAAAAAUUUUUCUUGAAUGUAGCACAUUGGAAAUGGAAUUAAACUUGAAUCCAAUGGAAAAUCAAGUUUUUCAGUUCUCUGUUUAUAAAAAUGAAAACCAGUUUAACAAAACAUGAAAAGGCCGUCAUUGGCAUUAAAAAUUCAUGGAAUUAAACUAAUAACCUUCGCUUCAGAAAAAGCUGUUUCCCGAAAAGGCCGUCAGGAGAAGAAAUGUGUCGAGAAAGAGUUUGUAUUAUUUUUCCCUCUACGUUCAAAAACUGACGUCAUGUUACGAUUCAGAAUUUGGUCUUGCAUUUCUCUGGUAAGCGUGUGCUUCUCUGCUUUAUUGUUGAAGAACAAUCGUGCUGGAAUAGGAGAUGCUUAAGACAUACGUAGUUUAUUUUGUUCGCUGAACCACGUCACGUUUUUCUGACAUGUAAUUAUUAACGCCUCGAAUGAAUUUGAAGAUAGUUUAUCUAUACUGAAUAUAACUAUCCGAGAAUCAUGGAAUAUUAGCACAAAAAAGAAUUGUAUUGUUUUCAUAGAUUAUUGUUGCUGGAAAAUUCAGUGAAGGAGUUGUACAGAAUGCAACGGAGGGGAAUUUCAUCUAUAAUUUGUCAUGUUUACCACCAGGUAUUUCUACUCUGCUAAAAAAUAAAGGCGACUAAAAAAAUGAUUCAUCUUCUCUUGGAUAUAGGAUUUGAUGUUUUCUAUAACUAAACAGAAAAACCUUUUCUUAAUGCUGUAAAGUUGUUUUGCUUAAUGUCGUUUAAUAUUGGUUAAUCCGGGGCGACUUUGGUGUUAGAAGUGUCUGCCGAGAAGUUUUAACAACACCUUUUUGUAACGAACGUAGUUCCCGUGUUUGUCCUUCCCGAUUAUACCUCGGUUACUUCUUCAAAUAUUUCAUGUAAUAUUCUUCAAGCAGAUAUCAACCAUUUAAUUCCCAAUAGUGGUUAAUGUGUCAUUUCUAGUUACCACAUCGAUACAUUAUCUUCCCAAAAGAUGAUGGGAAAAGACUUGUGUCUAAGAGUACCCUGAGGCACUUUUCUAACGACGCGGAUAGACAUUGAUGAUACCGAAUGUGUUAGGCACCUAUGGAUAAACACACCAGCAAAUUAACACUUCUCUACAGAAUCACAUUUUUCUUCCUUUUGAUGUCAAUGCAUUGUCUUCCAGAAAGGAGACUGUAGUGUUACUGAGACUAGAACGUUCUAGAAGCUCUCAAAGAUGAUAACUUUUAUGAGUAUUGGAUAAAAUAUAAUACGAUAUAAUAUAAAAAUAUUUGCAUAAGAUAAUGAAGAAUCGCUUUUACAACAGAAGAGGACGAAUUUCUUGAGCUAUCUUGAAUACAAUGUUCCGUGUUUUGGUAUUUUCGUUUUAAAGGCCCGGUCAUUAGCUAUCUACUGAAGAUGGCAGGGGUGGGGAGGGGGAGGGGAGGAAAUUGACAUGAGCCGUAAGGCUCUGUAGAAAUCUAAUGACCCCCCCUCAUUGGCAGCGAAUGAAACAAGAAACACCCAUCUUUCUAUAGUCCCCCUUGUCUACUAUGUUACUGAUGACCAAAAAUAUGAUCUGUUGUCUAAGUUACUUUUAAUUGCUAAAAAUGCCUUUUUAGCUUAAUUUUUUAAAACUAGAAUCGUAUAAGGUUUAUCAAGAGAGAGUCAUGAUCCUCUCAAUGGAGCAUCCAAUGUAAUAAUAGUAAUUAAAAAACGCUUUUGAUUCCAGACAUCAAAGGUAUUUUACAAGAAGUAUGGCUGGAUAAUAUACAUGGAAACAACUUGAGCUCGUUAUUGGAACAUCGGGAUUUUCCUGACUCUCCCGAUCGAGUCUCAAAUCAAACGUUUCUACCCGAGCAACAAUAUGGUCAGCGGCUUCGUGCCUAUUUCGCCGCACCCGAAAGUGGAAUGUAUCAAUUUCAUCUGUCCUGCGACGGCGCAUGCGUGCUUCUGAUCGAGAGUAAGAUGGGGAGCUUAUUGACAAGAUGUCAAAACUCGUAAGUUUUUACCAUCUAAACAAACUACGUCGAUGAUGCUUACCCACAAUUUUGUUAAAUGAGUUCUUUUAUUGAUCAUACGUUUAGACGGAUAAUCAUAAAAACGUAACUAUACUUGUUAAGGAUUAAGGAUAAUGCUAUAAUGAUUGAAAACAGUAUUUAAUCUUGUAAUCUGAUCGUCUGGGCGAGGAUAGUCUUGAGAAGGGCUGUGGUGACUGACAGACGUUUCGACAACCUGAGCGGAGGUCAUCAUCAGAAUCGAGAAUCGAGAGAAAAAUAACGUGUUACUUUCUUUCAAGAAAAAAAAAAAAAAAGAAAAGAAAAGGAAGGAAAAAUUCCAAACUGGUCAGUCGUGGGUAGCAUCAAAUUUCUAAGCAAGAAAUCAGAAACUAAGCAAUUAAGAGAUAGGAAACUACAUGCCUGCAUGCGUCUAUAUGACAUACGUGAAAAAUCAUACAGUGGAUUGUCAAGCAAAGCAAUGAUCCUCAUAAGUCAGCGGUAGAAAAGAAGCUUGAACAAAAAUUAGGCUUUAACCGGAUUCGAACCUGUGCCUCGCAGAUACUAUUCGGGUGCUACUACCGACUGAGCUACAAAGCCACACUUUCGGGGAGGCAAAUUUGUGAGCGUUCUUUUCUCCCGUGGAGGAAUCUGACCACAAUUUGUGAUGAAAUACAUCUCGCUCCUUUAAAUAAUUCAUAAACAUAUUUUUUCUUAGAUCAAAGGGCAUGAACAUAACCGCAGGAUCUUUUUAUUAUGUGACGGUGCUUCACGUUGUCUCAAACGCUAGCAAAAAUGUUUCGCUGUCUGUCACUAAGCCAAAUGGAACCCUACUCAGUCCGAUUCCUCAUGAGUAUUUUGUAGCCUACAGGAAAGGUAAGAGCGUUUGUCAAUCAUUUAUGACACCAUUUAGACAGCAAGACAGAUGGGCACAUGAGAGGACGGGUGGCCGAUCAUUCAGACUGAUAGGCAUGCAGUCAGACUGUUAGUGAGCGAGUUGGUGAGUCCGUCAGACAAUCGUUUAACAAGUCAGUUAGUUAGCUUGUCAGUCAGUCCGCCAGUCAGUAAGUCAGUUAAUCAGUCAGUUAGUUAGCCAGUCAGUCAGUAAUUCAGUCAGUCAAUCAGUCAGUCGAUCAGUGAAUUAGUUAGUCAGUCAAUCAGUCAGUCAAACAGUCAGUCAGUCAGUUAGCCAGUCAGUCGGUCAGUCAGUCAGUCAGACAGUCAGUCAGUCAGCCAGUCAGUCGGUCAAUCAGUCAGUCAAUCAGUGCAAUGAUUCAUUUAAUUAAUCUGAUAGUCAUAAGUUAAGGCAAUCGAUAUAGUUUCCUUAAUCAUCACGAGCUCGCACAACUGUUUCCAUGCAAGUCAUGUCACCUAGGAGAAAAGAAUGCUUAAAGAAUUUAGAGGCUAAUUCUUCUCCCUUGUUGGUUGCAGAUGGAAACCUUGGCGAAUACAUUCCAGGGGACUGGGGCGAGUGGAGUGCAUGUCAGGGGGGCAUCCAAAUACGAAAUCGCUCGUGCCAGGUUCAUCCGCCUGUCUACAGCAGGCUUAAUUCUUCCUAUCAGCUUUCUGACACCAAGAAAUGCGGCGAAAAUGGUAUGUGUUUUACCUUCAACAAGUCCCUCUACAAUCUUGUUAUUGUAUAGCGACGAUGGAAUUGCGGUUUGUUAUAAGUUUCGAUGCCCAAAUUAGGUUGGCCAUUUUCAAAAGAAAAGGUUGCAUUUAUCUUUCACAUAGUUAAUCGAGCGAACGAUGUUAGUUUUAAAACUUUAAAAUGAAAGGAAAAAACUCCCCCCUGUUGAUUUGUCAACGACAGUAUUAGAUUAAGCUUUUAGAUCAUACAUGAUGCAGAAAAAAAGGAAUAAAUGAAUUAUUAGACAAAUACAAAAAGAAAGAAAAAAAGAAAAGUGCUAAAACAUAUGCAGAUAAAAUUCACUCACAUUAAUAUCCUAUCAAACAAUAGAAAAUAUUAAACCCAUUAUUUACUCUUGUAUCGAUCCAUGACAGUGACUAAAACAAACAAAUUGGACAGAGGGGGCGAAAUGUUCAGUAAGAGAGGAAUUUCACUCAUUCAUACAAGCCACACAUCAAUAUUAAUUCGAAAGACCAUUCAAAAUAAAAAUGGCGAGAGGUUUUGAAUAGACAGGCCCCGCCCCUCCCUCCACCCCCUCUCCACCCCUCCCUUCACCCCUCCCUCCAUCCCUCGAAGCCCACGCUUGAAAGAGGACAAUAAGAAAUCUAGAUUUUACUCAUGUAGUCACAUGUGAUUUCAUUAUGUUUUAAUCGAAUCUAUUUAAGUAUCUGAGCAACUGCACACCUACUCCUUCCCUAAUUAACAUUAACCUUAACUUGUUAUCGUCUGACUGUCGUUGGGUUAGGGAUGGGGUAAGUGCGCUGUUUCUCAGAUACUGACAUUGUUCCUUGCUCUCUAUGAUUAACUUCUCAGUAACUUGUCAAAAAAACCAAUCGUGUUUAAGUUGUCCACUGGGUAUGAAGACAGGUGCAAUAACAGACGAACAGAUUACGGCCGGAUCUUUUUAUAACGCUUCAACUAGUCCUGAAUACGCGCGAUUGGAUGGUCAUGGGGCCUGGUGUCCAAAUACUACACACCGCUAUCUCAGAAUCAAUCUGGUUGUACUACACAUUAUCUGCGCUAUUGCCACACAAGGGAACUCUCAACUGAGAUUAUUUACUAAAAAGUACAGACUUAUUUUACGAACAGGUGAAGCGUCAAAUCGUUACGAAGAUUCAAAUGGAAGUAAGGUAACGUUUAUCUUUUUUUUUUUUUUGUCUCACAUCUCCUUCAAUUCCGGGCCAAGUUGUGACACUAAUCAAUUUUCAGUUGAAAUUGCCCUCCUUUGACAGUACUUAAACCAAGAGGUUUUUCAGGUGAUUUGGAGGGGAUCCAGGUUGUAUUUUUUGGUAGUGUGUGCACUACUAAGGAAUGACGUAAAGGACGGGUGACGUAGACAAAUUUUAAAAACAACAAGGGAGAAGGCUUAUGACUAGGCAAUAACAUAAUGUAAGCUGUUAAGAAUCCAUUGCAAAUGAUACAACAGAUUUUGCAAAACCGUGAGGUUAUAUUAGGAAGCUACGGAUCAUUUCGGGGGGAGGGGGGUGGGAAAGUGCUGCGUGCUCACCCCCUGCACCCCCCCCUCCCCUAGAUCCGCCCCUGUAAUUACAAAAUCCUAGAAUAAUUAAGAAGUUAUGCUACCCGUAAUGACCAUAUAGGGCACACAAAACCGGCAACAGAACUAUGAAAGAACGCUUCACAUCCACCUUUCAUUUUUUUCUUUUAUAGACUUUACAAGGGAAUUACAAUCCAGAUAAGGUUCAUGUUAACGCACUCGAGGGCGUCGUCAUAGCAGACGAGCUGACUUUUUCUGUACCGAAUAAUAAUUCAUGUCUACAAGUGGAAAUAUAUGGAUGGCCACUAGAUAACUCAACAGGUCUGGUUAUAAAGUGAUGAUCAUUAUUUAUGAAAGUCUUACUCCCAAUACCCAAUAUUCAACCCUCGUUGUCGCUGGCAUUUGCCUUGGUAUACAAAAGUUGGGUUGACCCCGAAGAAAAACUUGGAAGGAAGUGGUAAUUACCGUUUAACAAACGCUAUUGUCGUGAAUUUGUGCAUGCGACAAACGUGCGCAUUCCUAGUUUGACGAUCGCUAUCUGCCAAUUCUAACCCUAAUCUCUAAGGUUACCUUAUUUCCCAAGUAUACCACCCUUCAGAAAAACUUGUCCCUCCGAAACAUUCUCGCCUGGAUUCGAAAUUUGCCGAGCGCAAUUUCGAACAUACGAUUGGAAAAAUUUUGGAGGACAACCAACGGUAGUGACAUUGUCAUAAUAGUGACAUAAAUAAAAUGCUUUAGUUGGAGCUUUCGAUAGAAAUAAGAAGAAUAAAACAAAUGUCCUUACGAUUGAGGCUCGUGUAGGAAACUUUUCUCUGUUCUAUAAUGAGUUAUUCUAUAGAAAUUCUCCUCGCAAUGUUUACAGCUUUUGUGGAGACUGAUAACAUCAUUCACUCUAAACUCCAGUCUAAUCAAUUAUGACUCUUACCUGUUUUCCCUUUGUGUGCAGUAGAUAAAAAUAGAUGUAUUCCUAUCAUUUUUCAAGUAUGGAUCAUAUAACUAACAUAAUGUGUUUUUUUAUCUUUUUUUUUUAGCCAUAUCUCCAACUCUUCCGCCAAUAAUUAAUGAAGUCAUUCAAAAUGAACGCUACAUGUAUGUUACUGGCAUUUCUUGGAGUCGACCAAAAGUCUAUGGGGGCCUAGUGACAGGAUACAAAGUCAUCCUCCACUAUACAGACGGUAACCGCCAUAAUUGGACUCUGGAAGCAGACAAAAGAUCAUUUUCUGCGGGGAUGGGCCCCAACAGCACCUACUGUAUAACUGUGCUGGCUUUUAAUGAGGCUGGGGAUGGACCGGCUGCAAAGUGUAUUAAUUUUACAACUCGGGAUGGAGGUGAGGCCCCCUCCCCCUUAAAAAAUUAGAGGCGGUUGAUCCAUUUUUUAUGCCGCUGAACUUAAUGGUUUGGUAUCGUAUAAGGUACGCAGACUAUGUUGGUGAAUUUUCAACCUGUUUUUAGAAAAAUUAUAAUAAGUUUCGACAAAAUAUCGCAAGAAUUCUGUGUAAAUUAAAUUUUUACCAAUCAAGGUGGGGGUAGGAAAACACGUUAAUACGCAAAGAAAAUUAUGAAAGUGUUAGUCAUCGUAUUUAAUUUUUCGUAACGUAAAAUAAUCUAUAAUUCAAAACUAUCAUCGGAGUGGAGGGGAAUAAUGCUGAAUAUUAACCGAGUCGCGUCCAUCGGUUUCACUGACCAUGAGGUAAAUCAUUGUUUUAGUAUAUACCACAAGGAAACAAAAAAAAAAUGGAUUUAUUUCUGUCUACAUGCAGAAAAAUGAUUGGAAAUUAAACACGUAACGCACGAUUUUUUCUCUUCAGCCAAUCGAGGUGAAAAGUAUUGGCUAAUCACAUCCGAACUAGUCAAUCGGCGCACACAAAAAGUACUAUUCACCCAUGUGGUAUAUACAUAUAAUUUACAUAAUUUCUUAGUUUGGGCUGUCCCGUUAUUAAAUAAAGUGGAAGUGGAAUUUUAUCCUUCAUACAAUUAACAAUGAUCUUGUUUCACAGUCUGCCCUAUUUCUUGGAUGAGAUAUCAGGACUCGUGUUAUUUGAAUGUAAGCAAACCAGCAAAUUGGCCACGUGCUAAGCAGGAAUGCAUAAGCCGACACUCUCAACUCGUGACUAUCUACAAUGAGGACGAAUUUGAAUCUGUGGCAGCUUUGGCUGAAAACUUUUCCUGGAUUGGAGCUGAGUGGAACGAGAACAAGUCAAAGCACGUGUGGUUGGAUGGUUCAGACAUCGAAUUUCAUCCACCUACCUGGAAAAAUGGAAAUAAAGACGAUACUUUGUGUGUUGGGAUUCGUGAUAUUGCUUCGUGGCAACGAGAGAAAUGCGCUCAUGUCAGACCUUAUAUCUGUGAGAGGAAAGGUGAGUAUAACCAACGCACCAACAAUAAAUUUAAAAGAGGUUUAAUUUCCUGACGACUCGACCGAACGAAAGGGCGAUUUACCCGACGAUUUUUUAAUACGGCUGGCAUAAGAAAGUUACCUGCGAUUACAUUUCAACUCGAGCUCACACCUUUUAUUUGCAUGAUCCGCGCGAAAGUCAAACUUCUAUGGAUAGACGCGUGGACUGGGGCUAGGAGGGGGAUUGGUUUCUACAGUGAGAACUUAAUGGUAUCUUAGCCACGCGUGUCACUUCCAAGAUUCCAUCAGUAAUUCUCCUUACUGUCUGUCAUACAAUAGUCAUGGCGUUGAUUUGAAGAAUUUGGUGUUAGAUCAACUAAUAAUCCUCCAAUUUAUAUUUUUCGUUUUUUCCAUCACCUGUCUGCUAGAUGUUGUGUUGAUGUUAUCAAGAGAAAUUCUGUCUUAGUCACGAAUGGGAGCAAAAGGGUUGAUAUAAUAUACUCUAAUAACAUUACAAGACACAAAUUUAAAACUUAGGAAAAUUGGGAGUUUUUUCUUUUUUUUCACUUAUUUUUUAGCGUUGUUAUGAUAACAUCGAUGAAAAACGUUCGGUAACAAUAUCAAAAGUCAAAAACAUUGUGAUUCAUGAACACGUAGGCGCUGAGAUAUUCAGUUUAAAAUUGCCACGAUUCAUUUAAAGAAAUCCACGCUCAUGGACGCGGUCCUGCACAAGAUAUUUUGUAAAAUUACACAGAUCCAUGCUCGGAACGAGUCUUAGGUGUGAGUCGAUGAAACUGGCUUAAGAAUCCUAAUAACAGGGCACCACUUCAGAACACUGCUUUGGGUAAUUUCCUAUCACAAGAUAUUUUUGCUUCUCUGGUUCAGCUACGAGAAGGUAUUACUACCUUAUUUCUUUUUCAGUCGCUCCUGACCCUGACGACUUGAAGUGUGAAGAUAAGGGCGUUGGACUUGAAUAUCGCGUUAGAUACGACAGUAUAUUUUCUGCAUCUUCAUCAUUAUUAAACAAAUACCGACCAGGUAAUGCCCGAUUGGCCGGGGAAGAGGCCUGGUGCCCAAAGACAAAUUCUACAGAAGAAUACUUGGAGAUAGAUUUAGGUUCUUUGUACAAAAUCUGUGCUCUUGCUACACAAGGACUGCUUGAAAGAGGUGCUUUUACCAAAACGUAUCGUCUACAGUUUUCCAUCGAUGGCUCAAAAUGGGACUGGUAUAUAAACGAAAACAGCCAGGUAGAUAAUUAAUUAAAAGUUUCCUCAUGUUUUUUUUUUCCAUUCAAGAAAUACCUUUGCUAAGAGACCAGUAAUUUUUUUAGCGCGGGGGUGGAGAGGGCUGGGGGAUUUUUUGGGGGGUUCACUUGGUCUUCGGGGGGAAACGGAUAAGAGUUCAGUCGUCGCAGUCGCAGUCGCAGAGUACAAGGGGGGAUAUAUAAAAAUAACUACCAGUUAACUGCCUAUGAGGGGAGAUCACAAGGUUAUCAAAGAGCACUAUGGGGGGAUCAGGUAGAUUUAAUCGCGAAACAAACAAACCCUCCUUCCCUCCCCCCAUGAUGACCAUCCCACAAAUAUUUUCGUCUGUGUGUGUCUAUUUUUUAUCUUAUUAAAGGGCACCAUUUUAUCAUUGAAUACAUGAUGUUCUAUGCCUUUUUCCCUAAAGGUCUUUCAAGGAAAUAAAAAUUCAUACGAAGUAGCGAAAGUAGAUUUUAAACAAGUUCCGGUGGCUCAACACUUUCGGAUCUGGCCAUUGGAGUUCUCUGUUCAUCCCUGUUUGAGAAUUGAACUUUAUGGAAAUAAGUCGAAAUCUCAGGGAGGUUGGUAUCUGUCUCAUUGUUUCGCUUAAACCUUUUUUAACCUUAGAUUUUUCUCUGCUUGCGUUGAACAUAUAUUUUGUGGUUUAGAGGUAAAAGGUUUCUGCCAACGAACGUAAAUGCUAGGUACAACAUUUGGCUUUCAUGUACCAUUAGUAGAAUUCGGAGACCUCGAAAUUAAGGGUUGGAGAUAUUGCACAUUAAGCAAAAAACAUCGACACAUCUUUACGCGGAGGCAGGCAAGUUGAUUCCGAAACAACGGAAGUUCGUUAACACUUGCUUCAUCCAAGCUCCUGUUUAAUGAGUCAAACUCUCACAUGGAGUUUGUAGCCCAGUUUCCUGACCAUAUUAACAUUGUUGCAUCUUAUGAUUUUCUCUGCAGGUCCACCAACCGGUCCACCAACCGGUGCACCAACGAAUUUGACCACGGAGAUAAUAUCUUUGACAACGGUACAAGUAAACUGGAAUUUCAUCCCGGACUUCUUCGAUGGGGGUUUGGGAGUUAUUGGAUAUCGGGUGUAUUAUUACAUAAAAGGAGCUGGUACAGAGGGAUUAGAACAGCAGAAGAAAGUUGUACAGGAUAAUUCGACCAAACUCUUUAACCUGACAUUAAAUGCGACUUACUGUAUAUCAGUCGUUGGUUAUAAUGAAGCGGGAGAAGGUCCUCGAAGCGAGUGUACUGACCUUCACACUCCAUUAGGUAAGGUUUUCUUUAGGAUUAUAAGUUAACCUUCCUUAGGAGUGACCAGCAUCUAUUUUCUCCAUACAGCAAUGCUGCUGAAUCAUUUAUUAAGAUCAUGAGAAUAAAGGAAUAAUCACAAACCUAAGAAGCUUUGAUUGUCAAACCAAUUCUCCUUGUCAGUGCCAAGGGUAGUGUAUAGAGAAGAGUAUUGAGAAUAUGGAUACUGAUGUUUGGGUGUUUUGGGUUAAUUAAGAAACUGAUCCUUAUGCCAUAGAGAGUAGUCCAAGACAGAAAUCAAGUGUAAUAAUAAUAAAAAGAACCAUAAAAUCAUCAGUGCCCUGUUGUAUCUUAGUUUGGAUACACAAACCUUCUAGACCAAAAAAAUAAAAAUAACAUCUUGGAUAUCGCGAUAAAGGUGAUUUGAUGUCCUAUAGGAGAGUAUGGCUUGUACAUCCCCUCUUCCGGGAAGAAAGAUGGGGUAGAAACUUGUUAACUGAGACAGGGUCUGAUCAUUAUUUAUCGCCUUGGGGGUUAGGGGGAGGGGGAAGGUCUUUGGAUUUUGGUUGUGUCAAAAUAAAAUUUACCUGAUCCCCCCAAAGGUCCCGUUGUGGGUCACCUCUUUAUUCCUUGUUGGCGACGACUGAACGGACUGGCCCCCCCUCUGAUAAUCAAGUGAUCUCCCCCAAAUCCCCCGACCCCUCCCUCCCAAGCAAAAUUGACUGGUCCAUAAGUUACGUCCAUUAAAGUUACAUUCUUUUUUUCACAGUAUGUUUACAGGGAUGGUCAAGCUAUGGUGGAAACUGCUAUCGUGCCUCUGAGAAGAGUGAAGGCAAGAUAGAGUGGAGUGAGGCCGCUGACAAGUGUUACAACCUUAAUUCUCAUCUGGUAUCCAUCUACAGUGAGUCUGAAAAUCAGUUUGUCAAAUCUUUAACAGAAAGAGAGCCAAAGACUUGCUCGUGGAUUGGCUUGAAAUUUAAAACGACAAGGCAGCUCCUUGCUUGGAAUGACGGUUCUCUUGUGAACUUUACAAAGUUGAAAGAUCAAGAAAAUGUAAAUAAGUGUGUUGCGUAUCAUGAGGAAAGUGAAGUUUGGGAAAAGAAAUGGUGUUCAGGAAAAUGUUCCUUUGUCUGUAAGCGAAAAGGUAGGUCGUCAUUGAUUUUUAUGUUAAUUUCCUCCCUGAUAAUCGGUGAUUCUGUUGACAUUCUGGCGAAAUUUUGGUCGGAUUUUGGCGGGGUCUUGGUAAUAUCUCAAGGCAAGAUGUUUUUAAGAUUUCAGUUCUCAUGAGCUUUCCAUAUUCAACCUUUUUAUUCUCAGAACUUAGUUUCCUUUAAAAUUGGAGUGGAGCCGUCGCCAUACAACAAGUAGCCAUGCUGCUCCUCUAGUCACAGUGCAAUUCAGAUAUUUACGUGUGAAAAAAUAAUCUGUUUUAUUGAAGUCAUCUUAGAUGAUCAAAAGAAUAAUUUUUCUUUCUAAUUAUCUCUCGACUUGUGCGUUCUAUUUAUUUCUCUAAAUUGCUUUGUUUUUGAAUGACAUCUAUCGCAGAUUUCGCUUGGCCACAUCAAAGCUGUUCUGAUAUGCCAAUUGGACUAGAAAACAGAGCCAUACCAGACUAUGCCAUGCAAUCCACCAAUACGUUAAACGGUACUUCACCCUAUGAUGCACGCCUGAGUUCCACAGGGGGGUGGUGUGCUUUUCCCAGAAGCGAAGUUUACCUUGAGGUUAACUUGCAAUCGCCUCAUUUUGUUUGCGCCAUCGGUACCCAGGGUAGACAAAGCAAGGACUAUGUGAAGAAAUACAAAGUUGAACUGGCAAACAGAAACAGUAAAUACGAAGUUUACAAGGAAAAUGGAAUUUUCAAGGUUCGUGAAUUAGCAAGAGGAAAAGGUUUGUCUGAAUAUGAGAGAUUUUUUAAAUCUGUCUGAUGUUUUGAAUACCUCAGGUGACCAGGACUGAAUUUCUCCCUAUAAUAUCAACAUCAUAUCAAGCAGACAAGGGAAUAAUUACUUGAUCCACUUCCAAAUUCUCUGAACAAAUAUAGUGAGAAUGGUAUGGCAGACAGUAAGGAGAAUAAAUAAUGAUAUCUUGGGACAAAAAGGCUUAAGAAUGAAUAGAGAGUCAAACUUGCACGAAUAAAGCAACUUUGCAUACACGAUUAAGAAAAAAACGCUCAGGUUGAUAAAUCUUUGGUACCUUAAGGCUCCCUUAUUCUCAUAAGAGUAUUACAGAGUUUUAUGGGGAGAUCAGAUAAAUUUUGUCGUGAUACAGAAAUAUCCUCCGACUCUCCUCCCCCUCCCGAGGCGGUAAAUAAUGACCAGUCAUUAAAUGCGUUUUAGGAGUUUGAAGCCAACAGCGACUGCAACCGUGUAAAGAAAAACUUGUUGGAGUCCGGGAUUGUGACGCAAUAUGUGAAGCUGCGGCCGCUGGAGUGGCAUAGCACGCCAUGUUUAAGGCUGGAAAUUUAUGGACAAAUUAAUUCAGAAAGAGGUAUUUUGGUGAUCUUACUCAUAAUUGAUUCUUCUCCAGUUCUGAGUAGUUUUACAUAUUGAAUAUGAAUAAAACUAAUUUAACCAGUUCCUUAAAAUAAACGAAUAGAUAAACCUGUUACUAACCGAGUUCGAGGUCCUUACUGUAAGUUAUGGACUGAAUUUUCUCCGCAAGAAUUUAUGGCUCACGCACGAAGCGUAAGGACCAUAAAUCUCAGCGGGAAAAAAAGAGUUUCUGUAACUCAUAGUAUAGAACGAGAAAACGAGGUGAGUUUAUUAUAUCUAAUAUAUAUUUAUUAUAUAUUUACUAUUUAUGAUAUUUAUUAUCUCUAUCUCUGAGUUCAAAGAGAGGGGGAAGAUUUCAAUUCAAACAAACUUUUGAAUAUAGCGGGUCGCACAGUGAAAUGUGAUCAAUCAAAGUGCACGUUAGUAAGAUGUUCAUUAUGUCUCUGGGUUCAAAGAGAGGGGGAGGAUUUCAAUUCAAACAAACUUUUAAACUUAGCGGGCUUUAGGGUAAAAUACGGCCUGCUCAAUCGACCAAUCAUAGCGCACGUACUGACUAUGACAGAACGAAAGACAAUAAAUCAUGGGUAAUAAAUAUGUAAUUAAUGAAUGUAAAUAUGAACACGUUUAAAUUUCUAGUGAGAAUUAUAGACAGCUGUUUAGUGUUUCGAAAUGAGUGGGAUAAAUGAGAGUGGGGGAAUUAUGAAAAGGUCAGGCCAAAAAUCGUCAUAUUCCCGAGCGUUCUAGUGUGGCGAAAAUGUUUUGAAAUGAAAACGUAUGCUGGGAUGGUUGAGGAGCAUUUGCUUUGUGUUGGUUUAGACACUUCAAUUCGGACCAGGCUUACACUACAUUAAAACAGAUACUGAAAAUAAUUUAAUGUUUUUUUUUACAGUCCCGACACGCGCUCCUGACAGCGUUUCGUUUUCAGUUGAAGAUGGUGGAAUACAGGUCAGAUGGAGUCUGUUGCCUGUGUAUUUUCAUGGGGACGUUCUCGACGGAUACAAAGUAGAAGUUAAGAAACCAAAUAACUCUCUUCACGGAAUAUGGACAUUUUCUGCAGAGGAAAAGAGUCAGAAAUUUCCUGGAAUUACUAAACGUGCCGACAUUGGUUGUGUACUGGUCUAUGGAUUUACCAAAUAUGGAGACGGUGUUUCCAGUGGCUGUGCCAUUGAGGAGCAAGGUAAACUAAGGCCAUAAAAAUACAGUUUUCGUUUUGCAGACAUGAAAACAUUGCUCACUGAAGUAGCAACGAAAAAUAUCGUUCAUUUUUCUUAACAAUAUUGGUAAGUACUUGGGCUUCUUGGCCAAUGGCUCCCAAAGGAGCUCAACGAACGCGCUGUGAGGGGGCGGGGGGAGGAGUGUAUGGGGUUUCUACUCAACUACCCGUCAAAAGAGGGGGAUAACUUGUUAUAGCAAAACCUCUUGUCAUCCCCCUAAAGUCAGUAAGAUACACUUGUAGCCCCCCCUCCUUCAAUGGAAAACUUGGGUCUCCGUCCCCAGAUCAGUUGCGCAUUACCACCUGCUCUGACUGACUAAUUUAAUAAGCAAAACCUUGAGAGGCGUUUUUAUUGAUUUUGUUGAUUUUGUUGUUAGCGAGUGAUAUGACUGGAGUAUGCGACAAAAAGAACUGAUUUAUUUCGUCUUUGGUCAGUAAUUCGCCGAAUUCACUUCCAAGGUCCCAGUCUACAGAAUAGAGAUGAAAUCAAAUCUUAACCUCCCAUAAUUUGAGUUGUUAUACUUUCUUCUAGCUGCUAUAUAUUCCUUGUUAAGUAGCUUCUCAUAAUCUGUUUACUGAUUAUAGUACUAAUGUUGUAAAAGGAAAAUAAGUUAGUAAAUUUUUAACCGUGUUAACGAUGUUUGUCGGCGAUAAUACUAAAUCUUCCGGCGGGGUUAAUUUGAUCAAUAAGGCAAUAGGAUUAUGAUUUGCACUCUAUACAAUGAAGUCGACAGGAGUUUCUCAGAGUCACAAUAACAUGUCAUAAAAAAUAUAGGUGACAGAUACACAGAACAUGCACACGAGACUGGCAUAUUUACGAUUGAAUCAAGACACUCAAAGAGGUUUUAAAAACUUUUGUUGGCGGAGAUCAACAGACGUGGAGGGAAGGGGCGUGGUGGAGAGGGGACUUAAAUGGAUUAUUGACAGCACCAUUCAUGAAUGACCGACUGACUUGUUGGUUUACUGAUUGAUGUAUUGAUUGAUUCUCCCUAUAUCAAAGAACCUCCUAAAUGUCAGGACGCUAUGGGUAUAGAAAGCGGUGCAAUCCUUGACGAUGAAAUUAGUUCCUCUUCGCGAAAAAGCGGGGUAGAUGCUGCCAUUUAUGGCCGAUUCAAUAACAAUAGUCUUAGCGGAUCGUGGGCAGCUCAAUAUUUAAAUAAGAAACAAUGGCUUCAAGGUGAUCUUAUAACAUAUUGCACUCAAGUUACGAAACUCUCCGCGCACCUCGCACCCGCCUCCAGACCUCUGAUACAUGCUGGCAAAAUGUUAAUUUAUGCUAAUUUAUGCUAUGGAAAAUUGUGCCUCUUAAUCUUUUUAUUAAUAGGUCAGAUGGUAAGUUCCAAAUUAUGAAGGGUCACUAAAGAAUUAGUGAUAAUUAUUCUUUUUUCUCCUUUCAAACCCCUUGACAGAGAUAAAUAUACUUAAAGCGAGGGGACCCUUUUACAUUUUGGAUCUCAGACACGUCAUUUUCAAUUUCUAUGGGCAAGUUCGCGAAAUGCACAGAGGGAUCUUAGCUUUGUCACCAUUAUGCUAAUGAAUAAAAACACCAUUCUAUAGGAGAGGGGUCUGGUAACAACUCUAUUCUUUAUACGCAAUGGAGUGAAUGGAGCAGUUGCAGCAAGUCAUGUGAUCGAGGUGUACAAUUUCGCAACAGGACUUGUGCAUCACCGUGUAGUUACGGUGAUAGUUCACAUCAGCAGAACAGAAGCUGUAAUUCUCAAGAUUGCCCAGGCAAGUACAGACGUCACGAUCUAUUAACCUGUUUACCCCCAGAGUAAGUGGCAUUGAAUUUCUCCUUACAGUAUCACAACCGAAUUAAACAUUGAGGUCAUGAGAGUAAAAGAAAUGAUCGCCAACUAAACGAGCUCUCUCGUUUUGUCAGCACCUGAAGAUGUGGAGAAUAUGCAGACUGAUGUCAGGGUGUACAGGGUUAAUGGAUUGAAAAUGUAUUGAAGAGGAACACUUUCGUGUCAAUCAUCUCUUGAUUUAAAGGGUUACAUAUUAACAGCAGCAGAAUAUGUCAUCUGUUCCAAAUUUGGCGUCUGUUUAUGGCGUCCACCUCUGAUAAUCAUAUUAAAAUGUCACAGAAAUCUCAUCUUUGUCUAAUUUCCUUUUUCCCAUUCAAAGACUCACCGGAUCCGAUCUUAGAUCAACCGUCAAACCUGACCACUGUGAAAUCAAGCCCCAAUUCUUUAGCGGUCCAAUGGAAGCCUUACACCGGUAAUAACACUUUGGUGGCUUACCGCGUGUUAGUGCUCCGCAUAAGAGCUUGGAAGAGUGGAAAGAGUAGGAAGAGAAGGUCGAUCCCGAACAAAGAAGGCGAGCUUCUAAGGAACUUUACUGUUGGCCCUAACGUCACAGCUUUUGAGAUUGGAAAUCUGUCCGCGUCCACCGGGUAUUGUAUCCGCAUUGGAGCCAUUACCGAGGAACUAGGGGAGGAAAGUCUCAGUGACUGUUAUUACCUCUAUACAGAAAAAAGAGGUAAGAAGCCAGCUACCUCCUUUUUUUGUGUUUGUAAUGGAAGGGAAGAGUUGAAUUACUCGGAUCAAUGUCAGUAUCCGAGCAACUGCGCACCUUCCCCUCCCUUAAUCCAGCUAUAAACCUAUCUGUUUCUUUCAGUCGGCUGUUGUUGGAUUAGGGGAGGGGUUGGUGUGCAGUUUCUCAGUUCUCUUUGAAAUUGAAUUCCCCUUAAUGACUGACUCCAGCAAAGAAGAUUUAUAUUUGCGAUCUUUGACAACACUCAUUCAAAGAUUUGCCCUCAAUUAAUUCUACCUCUAGUCAUUCAUCGUUUUGGUGCGUUGUUCAUUUGUUCGUUCGUCUGUCUUUUCAACAAUGAUAAUAAUAAUAACAAGUUAAUACUUCUCUAGCGCAACGUACAUAUAGAUAUGAUCUGAUGCUCCUGUUUGACUCACUGAAGAUUUUUCCCUUUUCCCCUUUUGUUUCCACUUAUUUCUUUGCUCUUUUCGCACAAUGUUAGCUCUUGUUUUUUGCUCUUGCCUUUCUUCCUAAGAAACGACAUGGCAAAUAAGAGAUAAAACAUUUAAAUAUCUUUUAUACAGUUAUAACCACCUAACGACAAUAAACUCAAAAUUUGUUUUAAAUUUGUAAGUUAAGUUCUUAAUGUUUGCCAGUCAUUGGAUACCACUAUGGGGUUCUAGAUUUCUUGGUUCACAGACAGCAUAAAGUUACUAAUUUGAUAUUUCAAUGAAAUAAUGUUUUCUUCUUAGAUGUGUCCCUUCCGCCUCCUCCUGAGGCAAACGCCACCACUAAUGGAUCCUCAUCGAUAACUAUCCAUUGGAAACCUGUGCUCAACAAUACAGACUCCCCAAUAGUAGGAUAUGCCAUUUUCCUUCGCGAUACAAACAGAUCAAUUUUUGUUGAAUCGUGUUUGACAAAUAUCACUGUGAAUUCCAGUGGCUGUAUCGAAAUGGCAACUCUCAUUACUACAGGGCGGGGAAACACCACAGGGUGUCUUCAGACAGAGAAUUGUGAGUGUUUCAUGUGAUUCAUUAUCUACAGUUUUCAUAGUGUGUAUGGAAAACACUCCAAAAUAGUUUUUAGACUUAAAGCACAUCUUAAGAACAAAGUGGUCUAUAACCUACAGGGCCGCUCUGUUUCGCCCAGCUUGAACUAAGUUAGACCUCCUAAAUGGGAUGGUAGAUCCCAAGAUCCCUAGAGCAGUCUUCCAGGCUUUCCUUAUGGUGUUCCUGUAUCCAUUUACACACCUGGGUGGGAAGAGGAACCGUGAAAGCUGCCUUACCCAACGAUAAAACACAGUGAUCUUUCUAGGGUACGACAUGGGACCCUUCAUAUGGUCCAGGGCCGGGUUGAUCAAAGCUGGGUUAAGAUAACCCAGGGUUAGUGUGAAAUCCGAUUUCAGAUCUAAAAGCUUUAAAAGAAAAUUCAGUCGAAUUCUUUUUGUGUAGAGUAUGACUAUUUGAUGCUUUAAAAAGGACACUGAAAAUUUUCCCAAAAAGGCUUUAGAGUAAAGGAAUAAAGAAACCCAGAUUAAAAUCUAACCCUGGGUUAGCGCUAAUCGGCCUUCGAACAACUGGGCCAAUGGCGUUAACCUGCGUUUUCACUCAGUAGUGGUUGAUCAUUAAAGAAAAACAAUGAAGAGCACCACUCAGCACUACGGAAUAUUAUGAAGGAUAUGAAUACUCAGAGACCAGUAAAAGCGGUCGGAUUAAAAACGAUGACAGAGCCUUAUCUUAAGGAGGAACGAAUGCCUUGGAGAUAAGAUCUGUGUUAAUCCCCAAAGGUAUGCUUAGUUACCCUUCUCACUCCCCAAAAUCUAAAUUUUUUUCGCAGCACCUACGCCAACGCCAGAACCAGUUGUUAAUGAGACUGCUCCAAAGAUCACUGCAUCGAUAAGAAGAUCUCUAGCAACCAUAUUAGUCACGUGGGAUCCCAAGACAAUUUCUGGCAUCAAAGGAGAAUUUAUCGGAUAUGAUUUGGAGUAUAAGCUUAUUGAAGUUAAUGGAAUUCCGAAAGACGAUGCUUUGUGGACGUCGCUGAUGUUCAGUUGUUACCAGUCCAAAACAGAGUUCAAUCUAACAGACCUUUUACCAUUUGCACGGUAUGAGAUCAAAAUGGCGGUAAUCACAUCAGAAGGCGUUGGAAAAUACAGCGAGGCAGUGUAUGGAGGUUGGUACUUUGGUACUUUACACGUCUCUCUUAUUCUAUUUACAAACAUGACGCUAUCGACAUGGCUGGUCCUAGCAGUAUGCAGGACACAAGUCAUAUGAACUUCGUAAUAGACCUCACUCACCGUAGAGUCUCUCUCAGCUCAGAGGUAGAUCAUCGGAGCGCGGAAUCCGAUGGUGUGAGGUUCAAUUCCUUAUGGGGACUCAGAACUCUUUCUUUAUCCCACGCUCGUGACAGGACGAAAAGCAUCUUUCUCUGAAUGAAAAAUGAUAUACGAGGGAAAAAAUUUGCGUGUUGUCACAUCGAAGUUUCAAUUUUUCUCUGGGUUUUACUUGCCUCUGAUAUAACACAACACUCAACGCUAAAGUAGAGACAACCCUACCACUACGCCUUUUCUAAUGAUAGAGUAAUAUGUUAAGCCAGGUGCUCCAGACUUAAGGUAUUUUUUAUUUAACAGUCUGUUGGUUUUGUUUAAAAAAACUACAUAUUGAUCAUGGUCGUGCUUUCAUCUCGACAGUAACUUGCGCAUGCGCGGAGUUUAUCACAGCUCGUUCUGCUGGUGGAAUCAAAGACUCAAAGCAAGACACUAUCACCUCCUCGCUGACAAAAGUGAUAUCGGACCUUCUCCUAGACACUUGUGGUAAAUGCGAGGAUUACACCACGAAAAUUAUUUAUAGUAAUAAGAGUGACGAUAGCAAUGGAUUAAUUAAUUUUCCAGUGAGCAAAACCUCAUACGGGCAGAGUGAAUAUAGCAAGUUUGUACCGGUGAUUACAGUUCCAGGAGUAUUGGUGAUAACAAGGAAGUCCGACUUAAGCAAGGUGUUGACCCAAGUGGCAAGUGGCUCAGCUCUAUCAUCGUGGCCUAUCGCUGUGGUGACCGUGGUGAUGGCCACGUUAGCAGGAAUAAUUAUCUGGUUCUUGGUAGGUAUCAGGAAAUGUCUCAAAAAUUACUUCAGGACUACAGCAGGACCCCACAAGGGCGUGGUCAUGGUCCAAGAAUGGAGGGCGUAGGACACCCCUUCUUUUGAAAAAUCUUUCUUUGGCUUAUUCCAACGAACUUCUAAACAACACGGUUUGCGUAAUCUUCUAUGUAGAUAACAACUCAAACUCAAAUUUUUUUUAAAAUUAAACCCAUAACAAACAAGAGUUCUCGUUAUCUUCACCGUCCUAUGUUCAUUCUUCGCAGUCAAACAGGAUAUAUAUUAUAUCCAUUUUGAUUUCUCACGAGGAACAUAAUAUGCAACGGGAGUAAUGCUGAUUAUCAUAAAUCACUCCGUUGCCACUGCAGUACGGUUCUAAGCUAUUUGUACCCUGCUAAGAAGUCACUCGUUUGUAAUGUAUUUCUCUGUUCUUCACAGGAUUCCAAGGAAAACUCUGAACAAUUUCCACGUCAGUUCGUUAAGGGAGCUGGUCAAGGAUUCUGGUGGUCUUUCAUUUCUAUGACAACUGUCGGGUAAGAGAAAUAAUAACGUUCUACCUGGAAAAAAUUGUUUCCUAAUUGAUCUAGCGUUUGGGAGAAAAGACCAAAUAACAAAACUACAGUUAUGAAAGACUCUUGUGAUUUUUUUUUGAAAAUCUUAGCCAGGUUAUGUUCUCAACACUAUAUUAAGCAAACUCAAGUUUAUUGUAAUUUUUUAUGUAGUUGUGUAGUUGUUUUGGACAGUUGAACUGUUUGCAUUCCUAUCCCUUCAAUUUUGCAUUACCGCAAAAUUGCGGUACGCAAUUUACGCAUUUACGCAUUUACAUGCAAUAUUAAGGCCAAGUUUAACUUGUAAUCCUGGGUGAGUGCUGACCUCUUUCCGAGAUUAAUUGGCUCUUGGCAAUAAAACAAGUCAGUCCCCUUUCAGCUAUUAGCCACUUUAAACCGCCAUCAAAACCAGCGAGUUGAAAGUUUUUUUGGUGUUCCACAGCUAAAGUCAAUAAAAACAGUUUUUUUUUCAAGGUAUGGUGAUCUCUGUCCGAAGUCCAUACCUGGAAAAUUAUUCGCCAUGAUCUGGUUUCUUAUCGGCCUUGUGAUCUUCUCUGUGUUCAUGGGAACUCUAACUUCACUGCUGACUGUUACCACCGUCAGGAAAACUAUUGGAUCACCGCAAGGAACAGAUGUGAAAACGGUAACUGAGUCUCACUCUCUGGGUGUUCAUAUGAAGUCCAGAACAAUACAACGAAAAGAAUUAAAAAAAUUAUUGCAACAGUCCCCAUCUCCUCCCGACCUCAGCAAAUCUUUCCGUUUGGCCCCAGUUAAGAUGGCAGGUAAACUUCACGCGUUUCAGCACAAAUUUCCUUCACUGAUUAGGCGGGGAAAAUAGACAGACACAGAUAGAAAACAUUUAUACGGUAGAGAUUUCUCCCACGACUUUUUAUCACAAAUGUAACGAAAUUACUUCAGGUUGCAGUUGUGGCUGAUUCCCCUGAACAACGUGUUGCAGUUGGUUCUCUUAGUGGCAAAGUCAAUCUUGGUAAGAUUUUUUUUUGUAUUUUUCUUGUGAAUGGUUUGACAAUUGGCGAUUAGAAUAUCAUAAAGUUAAUAAGAUAAGAUAGGUGCGAACUUUAUUAUUGUGUCGAAAUUGCUAGCAUACAGUGUACACUAAUUGGGAACUCCUUACUACAAUUAAUUAUCUAAUAAUUAAUGAAAAUAUGAUAGAUAUGUUCAUGUGUAAGUAUGAAAAGAUAAAAGAAAUUUUAAAAUUUGCUCAUCAAAGAAAAAAAAUGGCUCUAGAUUAUCUUAGUUUAAGUAUUGUUCACCAGAAAGGAAAGAAGGAACCUCCGAAGGGAACUUGAUCCUUCGGAGUAUUGCUCAAAUACCAUAUUGCUGAGCUACAGGUGAUAUUAAAGUGGGAAUUACUCGUAAAAUAAGCCUAUAAUAGCAAGAUCCAUACAGGCUCCAUUUUUACCUAACACAGUUUUAAACACAUUUAUCUCCUGCAAAGUACAACUCAGAAAAUGCCAACGUCACCCCUUAUUGUUCUUAAACAAUAACAUGACUUAAACUUUCCAGGAAAACAAUUUCCAGAUGUGGAACAUCUUGUGAGGGCUUUAAAAGACCGCGCAGUUGAGAGCAUUAUGGUAGAUAUGUACACGCCGAUUAAACGAAAGGAUUUGUUUAAUGGUUCUUGGUAUGAAAUUGGCAAACUACUAGAGGUUGAGAUCUCUCAUGGAGUUCUUCUACAUGGCCGUGCUGUUAGCCUGGUGGAAGAAUUGAAGAAAAUGAUCAUUUCUAAAGAUGUACAGUCAGAAUAUUUACAAGACGCAAAUGAAAACGCGGAAGAUGAGGUGAAGGACGUAAAUUAAAUACGCAUUGCGGGCCUGUUGUACAGAUAAGCCUUACUCUCUUGGCCCUCUCACACGUGACUUGUGAUUGAAUAAUUCUCUAGCCAAUAUAAUGAUAAAAAUGAUUACGUUUAUUACCAGAGGAGAUAAGAAAUCUAGCUUUCAUUUAGCUUAUUUUCUAAAUGAGCAUUUUUUCAUUGACUGCCGUCUACACAGGGAGAAAUUUUAGAGGAAGAACCUGUAACAUUCUUUGAGCCGGCAAGUCCCUAUUUCCGCACCACCAUGUACACGACUCUAGCAGCUCUGGGUGUAUGUUUUUGCUGCGGGAUGCUGUACCAAGCAUUUUUCUACAAGAGAAGACGAGCACCUGGCAAUAGUAAGUACAGUUAAGCAAGCACUGAUUCAGCAACAACACGAAGCACUGAUAGACAAUGUUUUUUUUUCAGUGAAGCACACGAACGGAAAAAGCGAAAUUCAGAGUACUCCUUGCGGAGCUAAAGAAAAUAAUAUCCCAUUUUUAUGAACCUCCAUCUUUGGUAGUCAAUUUUCUAUAGUUCCGGCUGUUGGUGAUACCUGAUCCCUCCAUUUCUCAUGUAAACCAUGGACUCCCUCCAAGAACCUACCCCCUGGUGAUAAAUAAUGAGUGGUUCCUAAUGCGAACGUGGUCUGUGUAAUUUUUGGCCGUGAUUUUCAGCAUAGUAAGUUGUUGUACGAAAUGAUUUGUUUUAGUCUUUAGUCUUUUGCAGUUGAGAAGAACCGAGUUCUUACUUACAACGGUACGAAAUUGUCCCAAGGAUGAUCUAAACAUAAUUCAACACUCACGUUUUGGGAUUUAUUGACCAUUUUGAAUGAAAAGAUAUUAUUAUUUUUCUAACUUUUCUUAUGGCAGGAAUCAAUAAUAACGCUGUCGUUCCUGAAAACACUGCUUCUGUUGCUCAGUUGGAAACAGCGGUGAAAGAAUUUUACUCAUCAUUUUCCUCAACGUACAAGGAAUUAAAAAAAAAGUUCAAAGCUGAGCUGAUUCACCUGGAGAAAGUAAAGAGACAAGGAGGGAAAAACUUGAUAAAAAAGAACUUUCAGAUAUUUGAGUCUAAAGCAUAA